AUGGUGCUGUGGGAGUCCCCGCGGCCGUGCGGCGGCUGGACGCUGUGCGAGGGCUUCUGCUGGCUGCUGCUGCUGCCCGUGCUGCUGCUGCUCGCGGCCCGCCCGGCCCGGCUCGCGGCGUUCCCUACCUCCCUGAGCGACUGCCAGACGCCCACCGGCUGGAACUGCUCCGGUUAUGAUGACAGAGAAAAUGAUCUCUUCCUCUGUGACACCAACACCUGUAAAUUUGAUGGGGAAUGUUUAAGAAUUGGAGACACUGUGACUUGCGUCUGUCAGUUCAAGUGCAACAGUGACUACGUGCCUGUGUGCGGCUCCAACGGGGAGAGCUACCAGAAUGAGUGCUACCUGCGGCAGGCCGCCUGCAAGCAACAGAGCGAGAUCCUCGUCGUGUCCGAAGGAUCCUGCGCCCCAGAUGCAGGAUCAGGAUCUGGAGAUGGAGUUCACGAAGGCUCAGGAGAAACCAGUCAGAAGGAGACGUCAACCUGUGAUAUUUGCCAGUUUGGUGCAGAAUGCGAUGAAGACGCCGAGGAUGUCUGGUGUGUGUGCAACAUCGACUGUUCUCAAACCCACUUCAAUCCCCUCUGUGCUUCUGAUGGGAAGUCUUACGAUAACGCGUGUCAGAUCAAAGAAGCAUCGUGUCAGAAACAGGAGAAAAUUGAAGUCCUGUCGUUGGGUCGAUGUCAAGAUAACACAACUACAACAACUAAAUCUGAGGAUGGGCAUUAUGCAAGAACAGAUUAUGCAGAGAAUGCUAACAAGUUAGAAGAAAGUGCAAGAGAACACCACAUACCUUGCCCAGAGCACUACAAUGGCUUCUGCAUGCAUGGGAAGUGUGAACACUCGGCCAAUAUGCAGGAGCCCUCUUGCAGGUGUGAUGCUGGUUAUACUGGACAACACUGUGAAAAAAAGGACUACAGUGUACUGUACGUUGUUCCCGGCCCUGUACGAUUUCAGUAUGUCUUAAUCGCAGCUGUGAUUGGAACCAUCCAGAUUGCUGUCAUCUGUGUGGUGGUUCUCUGCAUCACAAGGAAAUGCCCCAGAAGCAACAGGAUUCACAGACAGAAGCAAAACACAGGGCACUACAGUUCAGACAACACAACAAGAGCCUCCACGAGGUUAAUCUAAAGGGAGCAUGUGGCACGGUGGCCAGACUUCCAAGAGCCGGGACUGCACAGUCCAGUGUUACAGACAAAGGAAUAAGACAAGCGGUCUGCACAUGUUGCCUUGCAUUUGUGGUAAUCGACACCAAUGAAAACAUGUACUCCAGCUAUAUUUGACUACGUACGGAUAUAUUUGAAAUAGUAUACAUUGUCUUGAUGUUUUUUCUGUAAUGUAAAUAAACUAUUUAUAUCACACAA